UUCAGGGGUGGGUUGUAUCGUUUGCAGUUCGGUUGAGUUGCAGCAGGUCUCCCGGUGUGUUUGCUGAGCGCGCGCUGUUUUCUCAUGAACACAGGUUUAUAAAUUACAUUAAAUUCUGGAAUUAGCGCGUUGCGGUGGAGGAAACCGGGAUGGAGUCGUACGAUAUAAUCGCUAAUCAGCCGGUGGUGAUCGAUAACGGUUCUGGUGUGAUUAAAGCUGGAUUUGCUGGAGAUCAGAUUCCUAAAUACUGUUUCCCAAAUUAUGUUGGUCGGCCCAAACAUGUGCGUGUGAUGGCCGGAGCUCUGGAGGGGGAUCUGUUCAUUGGGCCUAAAGCUGAAGAACACAGGGGUUUGUUAUCAGUUCGAUACCCAAUGGAACAUGGAAUCGUUAAUGACUGGAAUGACAUGGAGAGGAUCUGGCAGUAUGUUUACUCUAAAGAGCAGCUUCAAACCUUCAGUGAGGAGCACCCUGUGUUGCUGACUGAAGCGCCUCUAAACCCAAGUAAGAACCGCGAACGUGCAGCUGAGGUCUUCUUUGAAACCUUCAACGUCCCAGCACUUUUCAUCUCCAUGCAGGCCGUUCUCAGCCUGUAUGCGACUGGUAGGACAACGGGUGUGGUGUUGGAUGCGGGGGAUGGUGUGACCCACGCAGUGCCAAUCUACGAGGGUUUUGCGAUUCCGCACUCGAUCAUGCGUGUGGACAUUGCAGGCCGUGACGUGUCCCGAUUUCUUCGCCUGCUCCUGAGGAAGGAGGGAUACAGCUUUCACACCUCUGCUGAGUUCGAGGUUGUACGCACUAUCAAAGAGAGGGCAUGUUAUCUGUCCUUGAAUCCUCAGAAAGAUGAGACUCUGGAGACGGAGAAGGCACAGUACACACUGCCGGACGGGAGCACAAUUGAUAUUGGGCCGGCCAGGUUCCGGGCCCCAGAGCUGUUGUUCCGGCCUGACCUAAUUGGAAAUGAGAGUGAAGGAAUCCAUGAGGUUCUUGCCUUCGCCAUACAGAAAUCAGACCUGGACCUCCGGCGUACCUUGUUCUCCAACAUUGUCCUAAGUGGCGGCUCCACACUGCUCAAAGGGUUUGGAGACAGACUGCUGAGUGAAGUGAAGAAGCUUGCUCCCAAAGAUGUCAAAAUAAAGAUCUCUGCUCCACAGGAGAGACUUUACUCUACAUGGAUCGGUGGCUCUAUCCUAGCUUCGUUGGACACUUUUAAGAAGAUGUGGGUUUCUAAGAAAGAGUAUGAAGAGGACCGAGCACGUGCCAUUCACAGGAAGACCUUCUAAUAAGCCCCUCCCACUACACCCCCUGCCCUGCCCCUCUCAAUUAUGACACUGAUGCUGAUUGGGAAUGUUUGUGCAUUUCUAAUCACACACACAUUGUUGUAUUGUCCUACAAAUCAUCUGUGUGUUCUAGUCUAAAAUAACUGUGUGUGUGUGUGUGUGUGUGUGUGUGUGUGUGUGUGUGUGUGUAGGGGGGGUGUUGUUGCCACUCUAGCAGUUGGACAGGAAGUGAAGAAAGGACAUAGUGGUAGAAAUGUUCCUCACACGCAUGCAGUUCACACACAUGCAGUCGCAGCGCGCACCCACUGACAGACUACUCAUUAUUACAUUUAUUCUCUGCACUGCACACACACGCUAGCCUGUAGAGUGAGAUCGUCCACCUCCUAUUCCUUUCAUAAGGUGUGUGUGUGUGUGUGUGUGUGUGUGUGUUUUAUAGCUCACAUUUCCUCAUUCAGGAGACCCCACAUGCACCAACCUCACUCCCCACCUGAGACCCACACACACACCCCAUCUUUACAGAGUGAUUAGUUUAGAAAUUUUUAAUUUUAAAUUCUGUCUCUUAAUUUUUUAUGUUCAACUGUGUGUGUUGGGGGAGGGGUGGGAGUGUAUAGGAUGCUCUUUGAUGUCAUAUCCGGUGGGCGGGGCAGUGUUACAUGGUUUUGUCUAUUUUCUACAGUUGUUGGUUAUGUAACUGAAAGUGGGUGUGACCUUAACACGUAACCAUGACAACAGCUGAGGGUUUUUAAUGAUUUGUGAAUGAAACUUUCAGUCAAUUGACUGAUUUCACCAUGGAAACAGCUCCAAACUUUAAAUGAUUCAAACUUCAAUGCUUUUUUUAUUUUUCAAUUUUGCUAUGAAAACUUGAUUUGCAUUAGACGUGUAUGCAGUCAGAUUAUUAUUAUUAUUAUUAUUAUUAUUAUUAUAGGCAACAGUAAAGCAUGUAAACUAACCGAAAUUCUGUUCACAUUCCAGUGUGUGUGUGUGUGUGUGUGUGUGAGAGAGAGAGAGAGUGAUAGUGAUAGAGAGUGAGAGAGGAUACAGCAGACUAAUUGAUUGACAGUUAAAUGGAAAGUUAAAAUCCAUCCAAGGUGAAAAAAUCUUAAUUUCAUUAUAUUAGCUUUUACACACACACACACACACACACACACACACACACACAGGUCUGAUUACAGCGGAGAAUAAAUCUGACAACGUGACCAGGGAUUAGUUUGAUACAUGAAAACAGAAAUGUUUUACAUGAGAUUUUCUCUACACACAGAAGCUCUGCACAUGAACUCUCUGUAAUGCUGAUGUAUAAAUUAUAAAUAAAUGAAUGAAAAAUCUCA